CAGGACAACAUUUAUACCUGUCGAUAAUUGCUGAGCAAUCAGAUCUUGUGUUUGUAAAUGACUUCUUCUGUUCAACAGUCUCCCAAGUCCAAAGGUCAAAUAUAAUAUUUACAAACAUAAUUAUCACAUUUGAUAAAGAUAGUAUUUCAUUAUCUCAAAUAAUGUCUCUGAAUUAUGAUUUCUUAAAGAUUAAAUUCUUCUGCAUCACAUCGAUAUUAAACUGCUGUUAAUUGAUAUUGAUAAAAAUAAGAUUGUGCACAUGAUUGUUAUUUUUCAUCGAAUCAUGAAAUCGUUGAAUCUGUAGAAAGAAUUGAGCUUUUCAAAACAACUGGUUUCUCUGCUGCUCACAUUUUCUUUUCCUGUAAACCUGAGGCACAGACGUGUCCUCUAGAGAAUCACUGACGUGUCCUCGUAGAGAAUCACAGACGUGUCCUCUAGAGAAUCACUGACGUGUCCUCGUAGAGAAUCACAGAUGUGUCCUCGUCAGUGCUCCAGGACACGUCUCGUCUGGAGGACAAACCUCAGCCUCCUUGUUUCCCUGACUCACUUACAUCUCCUCCUCCCUGACACCUUCUGUUUGCAGGGACACUUGGUCCAUCAUGUCUCACAAGUACAGACCGCCUGACUCCGACCACAGACCGGAUCCUGCUGCGUCCUCUUCAGAUCGCCGUCACGCGUCGCUGGACCAGCACGGCGUCCGGCUGCCGCAGGCGUCCUUCUCUCUCCUCCCGUCCUCGUCCUCCUCCAGAGGCUCGGCCCAGUGGUGGCAGGACGGAGCCCUCAGCCUCCUGAGCAGCUGUGGUCUGGAGCCCAGCGACCUGUCUCUGCUGGCCGAGCUGCCGGAGGACGUCCUGACGGUGGAGUCCCUGCCUCAUGUCCUCCAUCAGCUCAAAGGAAAGAGGGGGAGCGCCAACCCUUUCCCCACCAACGCUCCUUCCUCCUCCUCUUCCUCCUCUCAUCCUCCCAGCUCCUCCUCCAGAGACUGGGAUCAGCUCCGCAGUCCCCCGGUCCGGUACCCGCUGGGUCAGGUUCCGUCCCGUCCUCUUCCGUCUCAGAAGGUUCAGGACCACUGGGGGAAUCCCAGGAGCCGCGUGGACGUCCACCACCGCCCGGGGCCGUCUGAGUACAGACAGACAGGUUCAGUGUCCUCAGGGGACAGACCCUCUGUCAGGUCGGCACCAAACAGCUGGACUUGUCCUUCCCGUGUCUCUGAGUCAGGAUCAGGUUACAGGUCGGCUCCUCCCCCUCAGGGCCGACGCCCCCCCGAGGGCGAAGGCUCUUCCAUCAGGAGCAGCCGGCUGGUCGCCAUGCCCUCCAGGACAGAAGCCCUGGACUUCCACGGCAAGCCGCCGCCGGCGUUCCCGUACUCGUGCUCUCUGUGUGACAUCACUGUGCUGUCGGAGAGGGUUUGGACCAAUCACAUCCACGGCACGGGUCAUGCCGACGGGCAGCUCCGCCUGCUGCAGCGGUGUCCUCGGUGGGACUGUCGGAUGGAGACGGUCAGCAGGGCUGACAACCAAUCAGAGAAGAGUAAGGAUGAAGAAACGCCCACCCGACCGCCUCAGUCGGCCAAUGGGAGCCAAAAGUCUCACUGGAAUCCCCAGUGCACGAAGAAGACGUCGGACAAGAGCAAAGUGGUGUGUGUGAAGUUUCCAGCUCAGUCUGUGGAUGAGACGUAUCUGAGGAAUCUGACUCAACCGUUUGGAAAGAUCGUCAAGAUCCUCAUGUUUCCAUCUCUGGCGUUUGUGGAGCUGGGCUCCGUCGACCAGGCGAAGGAUCUGGUGAAAUUCCACAUCAACUGUCCUCCAACUGUGAAUGGAGAGCAGAUGGAGCUCAGCAUCUCCAACACCUUCAGCUUCCUGCAGAGCUCUCGGGUCGUGAGCUUCACUCCGGCUCCGACAGGAGAAGAAGGCCGAUCCGAUCUGAUCAGCAUCGUCAAACGCUUCGGCCUGCCGCUCUACACCCUGUUCCUGCCGUCUAUGGCGUUUGUGGAGAUGAAAAAUGCUCCUGAGGCUCAGAAGCUGGUUGAUUAUUAUUCUGCCAAAACUCUGAGGAUCAACAGCGACCUCGUCAAAGUUUCCCUCUCUGGAGAAUACAGGAGCCUCAUGCGAGUUGCUUCUGCCACGAGGUACGAGGAGGAAACGCCUUCGACCAAGAGGGCGAGGAGUCCAAGCCGAGAGCAGGAGGACAAGAUAGAAAACCAGAGCAAAAGACCCAGAUCCAGAGAAAGAUCUAGAGAUGAGUCCAGAGCAAAGAGGUCCAGGUCCAUUGAUGAGUCCAACAGGGAGAAGAAGUCCAGGUCUCGAUCCAGAGAUAAAUCCAAAGAGAAGAGAUCCAGAUCCAGAGAAAAGCCCAGCAGCAGCUCUUCUGGUCAGAAUGGAUCCGGAAAACAGACGGAGGAACCAGAAAAAAGUGAGAAACUCGACUCUGACCCCAAACCUGAACCUGCAGACCCCAGACCGAGUGAAGAAGAAGAAGAAGAAGAAGAAGUGGAGUCGUCUGCUGAGGACAGCGACAUCGAGGGGAUGGAGGUGAUCGGAGAGGAUGUUGAGAAUCAGAAUGAUGAAGACGUGGAGUCUGCUGAGGAGGAAGAGGAGGAAGAGGAGGAAGAGGAGGAAGAGGGGCAUCCAGCAGAGAGAACUGACUCGACACAAGAAGACAAGGAAAAUGUGGUGAAGGAGGAAGAGGAAGGGAAGCUGGAAGAGGAAGACUCCACCAGAGAGAGGGAGGAGUCAGCAGACGAUGAGGAGGGACCAGAUUUCCCUGUGGACCUGGAGAACUGCAUCACUCUGGAUGAACUGGAAGAAGAAGAAUCCGAUGACUCAGAGACGGCAGCUGAACCCAAGUCUUCGACCACCAGAGUCGUUUUCUUCCAAAAACUGCCGCCGCGUUUGUUCACCGACGCCGAGUUCGUCCAACUGGUCAAAGGAGUCGGAACGCCGCUGCGCUACUUCCUGAUUCGCCGACAGCAACAGGGUUUCAUCGAGAUGUCAUCGUCUGCUGAAGCGCUGAACGCCGCCCGAGUGCUGAACCGUAAAACUUUCCUCGGAUCCGAACUCUUCGUCAACAUCUCCCACGAAAACACCCGACUGGACAACUGGCGCCACGUUCAGUCGGACUCGGACACGGAGAAGAGCGAGAGUCAGAGCAGCAGGACGAGAGACAGGCUCAGCAAAUCCAGAACCUCAGACAGAGAAGAGGCCUGCAGGAGAGAGUCCGGGUCCAGAAAGACUCCAGAGAGAGAGUCAGGAUCUAGAACGCCUCCAGAGAGAGAGUCGGGACCCAGAAAGACUCCAGAGAGAGAGUCAGAAUCUAGAACGACUCCAGAGAAAGAGUUGGGACCCAGAAAGACUCCAGAGAGAGAGUCAGGAUCUAGAACGACUCCAGAGAGAGAGUUGGGACCCAGAAAGACUCUAGAGAGAGAGUCAGGAUCUAGAACGACUCCAGAGAGAGAGUUGGGACCCAGAAAGACUCUAGAGAGAGAGUCAGGAUCUAGAACGCCUCCAGAGAGAGAGUCAGGAUCUAGAACGCCUCCAGAGAGAGAGUUGGGACCCAGAAAGACUCUAGAGAGAGAGUCAGGAUCUAGAACGCCUCCAGAGAGAGAGUCGGGACCCAGAAAGACUCCAGAGAGAGAGUCAGCAUCUAGAACGACUCCAGAGAAAGAGUUGGAACCCAGAAAGACUCCAGAGAGAGAGUCAGGAUCUAGAACGACUCCAGAGAAAGAGUCGGGACCCAGAAAGACUCUAGAGAGAGAGUCGGGACCCAGAAAGACUCCAGAGAGAGAGUUGUUGCCAGAGGGGGGUCAAAAAGAACAGAAGUUGAAAGGAAACGUGAGUAACAACAAAUCUUUGCCGGAAAAAAGCCUGAAGUCACAAAAUGAAAGGGAGGCGACGGAGAAAGACACUCCUGAAAAAGAACCAGCGAUGGAUCCUGGGGAGACUCCAGAGUCGGAGACGAGUCCAGAUCAACCCCACACUGAACAGAAACCUGCGGAUUCUGAUAAUGCAGUGAACCUGGAGCAAGCACCUGAAGGGGGCGUCGCUGAGAAACCCACCAAACCUGUUGGAACAAAGUUUGUUCGGCCGGUCGUUGGUUAUUUCUGUCACCUGUGUCAGGUGAUCUACGCCGACGAGGAUGAAGCCAAAGUGCAGCACUGCAGCAGCCUGACGCACUACAGGAAAUACCAGGAGAAGACGGGAAUCGAUCCGUGGACGAGCUGAAUUCAUCAGUUCACUGAACACAGUCAGACACUAAAUGGAUGAGUCCCUUUGAAACUCUACAUUACCCAGAAGUCCAGAGCAGCUGUUCUGCUCGUGGACACUUCAGCAGGUGUCGACGGUUUGAAACCAGCCUCAGUGGAAACUGAUGUUUUUAAAUAAAAUACUUUGAUAUUUAA